AUUCGAAAAUUUUACCUUUCAAGCAAUUGGCCCAUAUAUGAAAAUCAUUGCUAAAGAAUGAAAUUUGUAAUUAAAAAAGCAGCAUAAUAUUUUGUUCAGAACAUUUUAUUAUGUGUACUUACAAUUUAAAAAGUGUUUAAAUUAACAAACUUUCCGAAGAAAUAACUUAAUACCAUAUUUAUCUUGUCAUCUCAUAUAUAUUAUGUUAAUGUGCUUUUAUCUUCAAGGUUUGUCAAUCUGGCCACAUUACAGCUGAAUGGCGUUCACAGCCAGUCCUCAACAGAAGGAUGAACAGCGGCGAUUUUUUGAUUUGUGCAACCAUUCUGACUUCUGGGAACAAUUUUGGGAAGCUGUCCCUGUGGGCCCAGAUGUUACAGCUCAAGUUCCCCUCUGCAAGCCAGUUCAGCAGAAUACAAACCCACUACUUGGUUCCAGCUAUCGACAGCUACUGGGAGAGACAUCAGGAAGAAGUUUUGUCAACUUGUGAAGGAGAUGUUGUUGUUUUAGGGGAUGGACGAAAUGAUAGUCCUGGUCAUUGUGCUCAAUAUUGCUCAUACUCCCUUAUGGAUAACGCAUCAAAACAAAUACUGACGAUUCAGACAAUAGAUAAGCGAAUGACAGGGAGAAAAUCCGCAGCUAUGGAGAAGUUAGGCUUCCAAGCAGCCAUGAAUGAAUUGAAAUCAAAGGAAGUUACAGUUAAGGAGGUUGUAACUGAUGCACACCUGGGUAUUGGAGCACUAAUGAAAACACCAGACUAUGACAAGAUCCAGCAUUCACAUGACAUAUGGCAUGCUGCCAAAAACUUAGGGAAAAAGAUAACAAAGAUAGCAAUGAAGAAAGGUAACAGAGUACUUGGGCCGUGGAUUAAAGAUAUUGUGAACCACUUUUGGUUUACUUGUAAACAGGCAGAAACAAAACAGCAGUUUACACCUGUUUACAGGGUCAGAAACUAUUUGGCUGCAAUCGAUCAUAACAAACAUGUAGACAGACCAAAAGCUGUAAAGAAAGAUGGAACAGUGAGGUAAAUGCUCAGUUUUCAGAUUCUAGGUUGUCCACUGAGUUAAAAUAAAGUGCUGCAAACUCAACACUGGCUUUAAAAGAGAUUCCUAUUUUCAAUGUUUUUGAUGAGAAAGUGAAAUCAAACGAUUAAAAAAAUCAUUAACUAUUAUAAUCAUUGUUCCACAUUCCUUCCUUAACAUGCAAUAGAAAUUUUCAAAAUCCAAAAAUUUCAAAUUUAUUCUGUGAAAUUACUAAAUAUGUUUUCAUAUUUUCCCCUU